UAAUAAUAAUAAUAAUAAUAAUAAUAAUAAUAAUAAUAAUAAUAAUAAUAAUAAUAAUAAUAAUAAUAAUAAUAAUAAUAAUAAUAAUAGUAAUAAUUAUUAUUAUUAGUACUUUGUAAAUCUCGAUCACAGUGGUGAAGUGUGGUUCUACGAUAAAAGUGUCGUUCGUUUCGAAGAAAAUUGGAUAAAGUGUUUCUCUUCGAAGAUUUAUACGUCGUACGUGGACUAUCGACCUACACUUUAUCGGAUACUUAACGGAAAUGGGUUUGGUCGAACGUGAAGCCAACAUGCAAAAUCUCAAUGUGUCAAGACCCGGAAGAUCGAGGGAUCUUUUUGGCGUACAACUCGAGGUGACGUCAUUACUCUUGGAGGCAGAACGUAGAAAGCUUGCAGUACUACAAAGAGAAUUACAAGUUGCACUUGCUGAAGGGGGUAGCGUUAAAGUUAAGGAAAAGCAGAGACAGGAGUUACUGCACGCUAUCUCGAAGAUCCAAGGACAGCACGAGCAACUCGAUAAGGAGUACAGAAUACACGCAGCUGGGGUACUUCUCUGCAACUCAAGAGGAUCCGGGAAGGUAAGUGAAGCCUCAUCGUCGAUCUCUCUUUCUUUCCUUAUUUUCUUUGGAUUCAUUCUACGAAGAUAAAUUACCUCUUCUCUAUAUCGUGAUAGCCAACCUCUAUUAUUUGUUAUUC